AUGGCGAUCAACUCAAAAAGGUUGUCUUGCACCAUCCUCAUUUUCCUCUUCAUCUUGUCUGUCGUUUCGGCGGUCCACGUCGAAGGUGGCUUUUAUCGACGCCAAAAUGCACCUCUAGGGACGGGGGCAUCGGCAUCCAAAGCCGCCACUACAACGACACCCGCUACCACUUCACAUGAUACACCAACGAGCACUCCCACCACCGACGAAACUACUCCAACCACGAAGACAUCGGAUGAGACUACCUCCACGCCAUCAACCACAACUCCGACGACGUCCGAGAACAGCGACACGUCCCAAACUACAGAAGCUACUGCGGCUCCGUCAAGCUCCGACGAUAAUAAUCCAGUGACGGUCACCUCGACCUCAACUAGUAGUUCUCGAGACUCGCAGAAAACGUCUUCAGGCGCCGCAAAGUCAUCAGCUUCCUCAACUCCUUCACAAACUCCCUUCAAGGCGACCGUGACGUCUAACGGCAAGACGACAACAAUUGCCUCUGCCAUUGUCACGAGUGCGACACAGCGUAUCGUCACGACAGUAGUUACCGUUAGUGGUGGCAGCACAUAUUCGCACACUGUCACUACGAGCUCAGUAGUACCGGUGACGAGAGAUGCCAAGGCUACCGAUUCGCCCAGCCUUGAGUCUUCUGGCGAAGGCUCAAGCAGCUCCGGCCUCAGUGACAAAUCAAAGCGGAUUAUUGUUGGCGUUGUCGUUGGCGUCGGAGGCGCGAUAAUCCUUGGAGGUUUAGGUAUCGUUGCAUGGCGAAUUUGGGGCCGACGGAAGGGCAUGCAUGACGAAGACGAUGAUCUGAUGCGCUCGGAACCGGGAUCAACUGGCCAGGAGAAGACCGGCAGUGCCAACGGUAGCGAUCCCUUCCGAUCAACGCUUGACCAAUAUCAUACCCGCCCAGGGCCAGUCAAUACUGCAGCCAAUUUCUAG